AUGGCUGCCGGGCUGAUACUCGUCCUCCUGGCUCUGCUGGGGGCCCCGGGGUCUCGGGCUCAGUACCCCCUGACUGACCGGGGAGGCCUCGGGCGGGAGUUCGACGGGAUCGGAGCUGUUAGUGGGGGAGGGGCCACGUCUCGCCUCCUCGUGAAUUACCCGGAGCCCUACAGAUCCCAGAUUCUGGAUUAUCUCUUUAAGCCAAAUUUUGGUGCCUCUCUGCAGAUCUUUAAAGUUGAGAUUGGAGGAGAUGCUCAGACCACAGAUGGUACGGAGCCGUCUCACAUGCAUUAUCCGGACGACCAGAACUACUUCCGAGGAUACGAGUGGUGGCUGAUGAAGGAAGCCAAGAAGAGGAACCCAGAUAUUAAACUUAUAGGAUUGCCGUGGGCCUUUCCGGGCUGGAUCGGUUAUGGCAAGAACUGGCCGUACGACUUUCCGGACGUGACGACGUACUAUGUCGUCUCGUGGAUAAUAGGGGCUAAGCAGUACCACGACUUAGACAUAGACUACGUCGGGAUCUGGAAUGAGAGGGCGUUCGACGCCAAAUACAUAAAGCUAUUGCGCUACACGCUGGACAAAAACGGUUUGGAGCGCGUGGGGAUCGUAGCGAGCGAUAAUUUAUGGGAGCCCAUCUCCUAUUGGAUGCUGCGGGACCCUGAGCUGCUCCGCGUGGUCGAUGUCAUAGGAGCUCACUACCCUGGAACGCACACCGUCCAGGCGGCCGUGGACACCGGGAAGAAGCUCUGGGCGUCCGAGGAUUACAGCACCUACAAUGAUGAGGUUGGAGGCGGCUGCUGGGCUCGGCUCUUAAACCAAAACUACGUGAACGGGAACAUGACCUCGACCAUCUCGUGGAACCUCGUGGCCAGUUAUUAUGAGCAGCUGCCGUUUGGCCUGGAAGGGUUGAUGACGGCCAAGGAGCCGUGGAGUGGGAACUACGUCGUGUCCUCGCCCAUCUGGGUCACCGCGCACACCACCCAGUUUACUCGGCCCGGCUGGUUCUACCUGCGGACGGUUGGCCACUUAGACCACGGAGGGAGUUACGUGGCGCUGACCGACAGACAAGGGAACCUCACAUUAAUCAUUGAAACUAUGUCCCACGAUAACUCGAUCUGUAUCCGUCCUCCGCUGCCGGCCUUUAAUGUCUCCGCGCAGAAUGCGACAUUCAGCCUCCAAGGUUCCUUCGAAAACCUGAAAUCUCUGCAGGUUUGGUACUCCAAGCUGGAAGCCAACGCCACGGAACCGGUUUUAUUUAAGAAGAUGCCCCCUUUAAAGGUCACGAACGGUUUCUUCACCCUGGAGCUUGGAGUCAACGAAGUUUACACUGUGACGACUUUCUCGAGCGGACAGAAAGGAUCCUUCCCGGUGCCCCCCGAAUCUCAGCCUUUCCCCCUGAAAUACAAAGAUGACUUCAACGUCCGUAACCCCCCGUUCAGCGAGGCUCCUUACUUUGCUGACCAGUCCGGGGUGUUCGAAUACUUUACAAACAUGACGGAUCCCGGAGAUCACGUGUUUACCUUUCGCCAGGUGCUCACGCAGCGUCCAAUCACGUGGGUGACCGACGCGGACCAGGCGAUCAGCGUGAUUGGCGACUUCAGAUGGUCCAACGUGACCGUAACCUGCGACGUCUACAUAGAGACCCCGGAGACGGGCAGCGUGUUUAUUGCUGCCAGAGUGGACCAAGGAGGGUCGCCCACCUGCCAGGCCAAAGGGAUCUUCUUCUGGGUGUUUGCAGACGGCUCCUACAAAGUCACUGGGGAUCUGGUUGGACAGAUAGUACUGCUUAAGGGUCUGUCUGGAGUCCGUGCCAGGACGUGGCACACGCUAACCCUGCAUGUGAAUGGUGUUUAUGCCUCUGGUCUUCUAAAUGGCAAUGUCCUAUGGAAAGAAGUCCUCACCGUUGGACCCCUCCAUGGAUGGACAGCCAUAGGGACCAACUCCUUUGAGUUUGCGCAGUUUGACAACUUCAUGAUCGAGGCCGAAGAAGUCAAGUAGCCAAAUGCACCGGUUAUCCUCAGGAACAUGCGCCGCAUAUUUUCCAUGACGAUGACGUUGGCUAUUGCCCUGCUGGAAGGUGGGCAUUGGGCAGAUGUGUCAGGAUGGCGGUGGUGUAAUUUGUGUCAAUGUGUUUAUUCCUGACCGUGUGACUAAUAACCGGACGCGCGAGUAUUGGAGAAAAAAAACUGGUUUGGGACAAAGAAAAUGGUACAAAUAUUACACCCGGUGCGAUGGGAUUCCAUGUUUACACAAAUGAUUAAUGAAGAAUACUCCAAGAGUUGUGUAUGCUUCUUGAAAUGUAUUGAAAUUAUGUGAUUGGGUGUUUUGGGCCCGAAUGUACGACGUAUUUGGUGGGGAUUUUGCAGAAUUUCUUUCCUCCUUCGUAGACCGAGCUGUACGCUUACCGGUUGUGGCCCUUGAUAAU